CGGAUUGAACGAUCUUAGAUGGACUCGCCAGCUAUAGAAGCGGCAAUGGCUUUUAUUGCUAAAAACAAAGUGAUAAUUUCUUCAGUAGUCGGGUCAGUUCUCGGCUUUGUUAUUCUGAGACGUCACUUGGCUGGUGGUGUAUGCGUCUCCAAGAAACGUCUGGAUGGAAAGACUGUCAUCAUUACCGGAUGUAACACUGGUAUCGGUCUGGAGACGGCCAAGGAAUUGUCUGCUAGAGGUGCCCGGGUGAUCAUGGCAUGUCGUGAUCUGGACAGGGCCACAAAAGCAUGUGACAUUGUUAAAAAGUUUUCAGGAAACACUGACAUCAGUGUACAGCGCCUUGACCUUGCCUCUCUUGACUCUGUAAGGAAAUUUGCAGAAAGAAUGAACGAGAAGGAAGAGAGAAUUGAUAUCCUUAUCAACAAUGCAGGUGUGAUGAUGUGUCCGAAAUGGAAUUCCGAGGAUGGGUACGAGAUGCAGUUUGCAGUGAACCACCUCGGACAUUUCUUGUUGACAAAUCUAUUAUUAGACCGAAUUAAGAAAUCUUCUCCUUCAAGAAUCGUCAAUGUAUCAUCAACAGCACACUACAGAGGGAAGAUUAACUUUGAUGAUAUCAACAGUGAAAAAGACUACUCUCCAAUGGCUGCAUAUGCUCAGAGUAAACUAGCAAAUGUACUUUUCACAAAGGAACUCAGUGAACGCCUACAAGGUACAGGUGUGACAACAAACACUCUCCAUCCUGGGGUGAUCAACACAGAGCUGGUCAGACACAUUGAGAACAGGAUUUCACCUAUGUUGUUCUUGCUUUUCCGCCCAUUGUCAAUCUUUCUGAAGACUCCAGUACAAGGCGCCCAGACAACUCUACACUGUGCUCUAGAUGAACGACUAGACGAUAUCUCAGGAAAAUAUUUUAGUGACUGUGAAGAGAAGCAACCUUCACAGGAAGCAUUGAAUAUGGAGGACGCAAAACGACUGUGGCAGGUGUCGGAGGAAAUGGUGGCCAAUGCAGGCAAAUAGGAUAAAUGAAGAAUUAGGGCUAUAUUGUGAUAUUUUGCUUUGCCACAAUCACUGAUAGCACAUUCUUUCAGGGCAACAUAAAGUUUGUAAGGAAAAAAUGUUCAUGGUUUAGAGUACUGUAAAUUCAUAAGUUUUCGUGGAGGAUUAGUUGAUUGAAUUUGUGGUAACACUAAAUUUAAAUUCAUUUGUCCACAAAAUAAUAAAAAGAUGAAAGUUGACAUAGAUUUUAGUAUGAGUGGAUUUCAAGUGCAAGAUUUUACUACAAAAUCAGGUAAAGUUUUGGAAAACUACAAAAUUUGAGCCACACGAACAUGUAUGAUUUAACAGUAUAAAAUAUCACAGUCAGUGGUAAAUGUUUGCUGUUUGUGAUGUUUUCUCAUCUUUCUAAUGUUUGUUACAAGUUACAAAUUAAUAUAUAUUUAAACACAUAAAAUCUACAAAGACAUUACGUAUCACUGGGAAAGAGGCUUUCAUUUGUAACAGGGGGGUCACAAUUACUCGGUUGAUACAGCAUUGACCUUUGCAACCCGGUCAAAGUGUGUGGUCAAAUGCUCCCUACCCAGGGCGGUUCCUGUUUCUCCGGAAUCUGAGAUAUGAACCGGUCUGUUAUCAUUAUGACCUUGAACAAGAUACUCUAUCCCAAUUGUUCGGGAUUACAUGCGACUGACCUCCAGUAUGUUGUUCAGCAAGGCAGUUACAAGCUACUACUUGGAGAUUCUGCCUCGAUUUGGCCCCAGCUGUCAUAAAUAUUUUGAGAUACAAAUUUAUGGUCAUAUUUCACAGAAGAAUAGAUUUAUUAUUUUGCCAUUCUGAAGUUUGAUAAAGAGUCAUACCUAGUGUUUAUCUGUGUCUUAGAUCAAUUCUUUUCGCUGUUACCUUUUUUAUUUAUUGGUGUCCACUUACAAUAUUGCUGUUGUUCUUGUUUCGUUGAAUCAGAUAUCAUGCCCCUGUCUGUUCAUAUAUGAUAUCCUUGAUAUUCAGCGAAUGAAAUACCAGCAGUAACAUUAUCUCAGAGAAGUUUUUUCAUCAUCACAAUUUUGAUUGGUAUAUUUAUACAUAGUACUGCUUAACAAUGAGUAUUCGUUCAUGUCGGUCAAGCUGAUUUGUGUUUGUACUUUUUCGAUUAGAGUCACAGAAGAUGCCACUUUUACAAGGUCACACUCUCUGCUCCUUUUACAUGAGGUACCAAAAACACUUGAUUUUAAACAGUACACAAUAUGUAGCUGACCUUUAGUAACUUCCUGCAUGAAGUAAAGCUUAUGAAGUGGCUGAAGUGUCCAUGAUAUCAGACCUGUUAUUUUAUACAAUCUGUCAACAUUGUCAACAAUAGGUCCAUACCCUUCAGUAUGAAUUGUAGGUAGAUUGCUCUUAAAAAUUCUAUAUGGUACUCCACAAUGGUUUUAUAUCAAUUCUAUAUGGCAAAUUGGUUUUAUAUAAAUUUCAUAUGGUACUCCACAGUGGUUUUAUAUAAAUUCUAUAUGGUACUCCACAUUGGUUUUAUAUAAAUUCUAUAUGGUACCCCACAGUGGUAUUAUAUAAAUUCUAUAUGGUACUCCACAAUGGUUUUAUAUAAAUUCUAUAUGGUACUCCACAGUGGUUUUAUAUAAAUUCUAUAUGGUACUCCACAGUGGUUUUAU